AUGGAGAACCUAAUAAGGGGAAGGAAUCCCCCACAAUAUCAAAGAAGUCCUUGUAAAGAAGUUCGUGCAGCCCUUCGGAAGAGGCCUGAAGAGGAGUUGCAGUGCCUGGAGAUGACCACCAAGCGGAAAAUCAUCGGCCGUCUGGUGCCGUGCCGAUGUUUCCGAGGUGAAGAAGAAAUCAUCUCAGUUUUAGAUUACUCCCACUGCAGCCUUCAGCAGGUGCCAAAGGAGGUCUUUAACUUUGAACGGACAUUAGAGGAACUUUACCUAGAUGCCAAUCAAAUUGAAGAGCUACCAAAGCAAUUGUUCAACUGUCAAGCUCUAAGAAAACUAAGUAUUCCUGACAAUGACCUUUCAAAUCUGCCAACCACUAUUGCUAGUUUAGUUAACCUUAAAGAACUCGACAUCAGUAAAAAUGGUGUACAAGAAUUUCCAGAAAACAUAAAGUGCUGUAAGUGUUUAACAAUUAUUGAAGCCAGUGUCAAUCCCAUUUCUAAACUCCCUGAUGGCUUCACACAGCUUCUAAACCUGACCCAGCUCUACCUGAAUGAUGCCUUUCUUGAAUUUCUUCCAGCCAAUUUUGGAAGACUUGCCAAAUUGCGGAUAUUGGAGUUAAGAGAAAAUCACUUGAAAACUCUACCAAAGUCAAUGCACAAACUGGCCCAGUUGGAAAGACUUGACCUAGGCAAUAAUGAAUUCAGUGAGCUGCCUGAAGUUCUGGAUCAAAUACAAAAUCUAAGGGAGCUGUGGAUGGAUAAUAAUGCAUUGCAGGUGCUACCUGGGUCUAUAGGGAAGUUAAAGAUGUUGGUAUACCUGGAUAUGUCAAAAAACAGAAUAGAAACGGUUGACUUGGACAUUUCUGGAUGUGAAGCCCUGGAGGACCUCUUACUGUCAUCCAAUAUGUUGCAACAGUUGCCUGACUCUAUAGGUUUGUUGAAAAAACUAACUACUCUAAAAGUAGAUGACAAUCAACUUACAAUGCUACCCAAUACAAUCGGAAAUUUAUCUUUAUUAGAAGAAUUUGACUGUAGCUGUAAUGAACUGGAGUCACUACCUUCUACUAUUGGCUACCUUCACAGUCUUCGAACAUUAGCAGUCGAUGAGAAUUUCCUUCCAGAAUUACCCAGAGAAAUUGGAAGCUGUAAGAAUGUAACAGUUAUGUCUCUACGUUCCAAUAAACUGGAAUUUCUUCCUGAAGAGAUUGGACAGAUGCAGAAACUAAGAGUCUUAAAUUUGAGUGACAACAGAUUGAAGAAUUUACCAUUCUCAUUUACCAAACUUAAGGAGCUUGCAGCUUUGUGGCUUUCUGACAAUCAGUCCAAAGCCCUUAUCCCUUUACAAACUGAAGCCCAUCCAGAAACAAAGCAAAGAGUAUUGACUAACUACAUGUUUCCACAGCAACCUCGUGGUGAUGAAGAUUUCCAGUCAGACAGUGACAGCUUUAACCCUACACUGUGGGAAGAACAGAGACAACAACGCAUGACUGUUGCCUUUGAAUUUGAAGAAAAAAAGGAAGAUGAUGAAAAUGCUGGGAAAGUUAAGGAUCACUCCUGCCAAGCCCCCUGGGAAAGGGGCCAGCGUGGGAUUACUCUCCAACCUGCCAGACUGUCUGGCGAUUGCUGCACACCAUGGGCCAGGUGUGAUCAGCAGAUCCAAGAUAUGCCCGUCCCCCAGAAUGACCCACAGCUGGCAUGGGGUUGUAUAAGUGGCCUCCAGCAGGAAAGGAGCAUGUGUACUCCAUUGCCAGUUGCAGCACAAUCCACCACUCUUCCCUCUCUAAGUGGCAGACAGGUUGAAAUAAACCUAAAACGAUAUCCAACUCCUUACCCAGAGGAUUUAAAGAAUAUGGUAAAAUCAGUUCAAAAUCUGGUGGGUAAGCCAAGCCAUGGAGUGCGUGUUGAGAAUUCAAAUCCAACUGCUAACACGGAGCAAACUGUGAAAGAAAAAUACGAACACAAGUGGCCUGUAGCCCCAAAGGAGAUUACAGUGGAGGAUUCUUUUGUUCAUCCAGCUAAUGAAAUGAGGAUUGGGGAACUUCACCCUUCAUUAGCUGAGACCCCUCUGUACCCACCCAAACUUGUUCUGCUAGGGAAGGACAAAAAAGAAUCAACCGAUGAGUCUGAAGUUGACAAAACUCACUGUCUGAAUAACAGUGUUUCCUCAGGCACUUACUCAGACUACUCACCUUCCCAGGCUUCCUCAGGAUCCUCUAACACCCGGGUUAAAGUGGGGUCCUUGCAGACAACAGCUAAAGAGGCAGUACAUAAUUCUUUGUGGGGUAACAGGAUUGCACAAUCUUUCCCACAGCCUCUUGAUGCAAAGCCAUUGCUCAGCCAGCGGGAGGCUGUCCCCCCAGGGAAUCUACCACAGCGUCCUGACCGGCUGCCAUUGAGUGACACUUUCACUGACAACUGGACUGAUGGCUCACAUUAUGAUAACACCGGGUUUGUUGCAGAGGAAACCACAGGCGAGAAUGCCAACAAUAAUCCUCUCCUGAGUUCAAAAUCUAGAAGCACAUCUUCUCAUGGACGCAGGCCUUUGAUUAGGCAAGAUAGGAUUGUUGGUGUUCCCCUGGAACUUGAGCAGUCUACACACAGACACACACCAGAAACAGAAGUGCCUCCUUCCAAUCCUUGGCAGAAUUGGACCAGAACCCCUAGUCCUUUUGAAGACAGGACUGCUUUCCCUUCCAAAUUAGAGACAACCCCUACCACCAGCCCAUUGCCUGAAAGGAAAGAACAUAUAAAAGAAUCUGCUGAAAUACCUAGUCCUUUUUCUCCAGGAGUACCAUGGGAGUAUCAUGAUUCUAAUCCCAACAGGAGUCUCAGUAAUGUCUUUUCUCAAAUCCACUGCCGCCCAGAAUCUUCUAAAGGUGUUAUUUCAAUUAGCAAAAGCACAGAGAGGCUUUCCCCACUAAUGAAAGACAUCAAGUCCAAUAAAUUCAAGAAGUCACAGAGUAUCGAUGAGAUUGACAUUGGUACAUACAAGGUUUACAAUAUACCAUUAGAAAACUAUGCUUCUGGGAGUGAUCACUUAGGAAGUCACGAACGACCUGACAAAAUGUUAGGACCAGAGCAUGGUAUGUCCAGUAUGUCUCGAAGCCAGUCAGUCCCGAUGCUGGAUGACGAGAUGCUCACUUAUGGAAGUAGUAAAGGGCCACAACAACAAAAAGCUUCCAUGACAAAAAAAGUCUAUCAAUUUGACCAAAGCUUCAAUCCCCAAGGAGCAGUGGAGGUUAAAGCUGAAAAGAGGAUACCGCCCCCAUUUCAACACAAUUCUGAGUACGUGCAACAGCCGGGCAAAAACAUCACCAAGGAUUUGGUUAGUCCUAGAGCUUACAGAGGAUACCCACCGAUUGAGCAAAUAUUUUCAUUUUCUCAGCCAUCUGUUAAUGAGGAUGCUGUGGUAAAUGCCCAGUUUGCAAGCCAAGGUGCCAGGGCAGGCUUCUUGAGAAGAGCUGACUCCCUGGCGAGUUCCACAGAAAUGGCCAUGUUUAGAAGGGUCAGUGAACCUCAUGAGCUGCCUCCGAAUGAUAGGUACGGCAGACCUCCAUAUAGGGGAGGUCUGGAUCGCCAAAGCAGCGUUUCAGUGACUGAGUCCCAGUUCCUGAAAAGGAAUGGCAGGUAUGAAGAUGAACACCCUUCAUAUCAAGAAGUGAAAGCUCAGGCGGGAAGUUUUCCAGUUAAAAACCUUACCCAAAGGAGGCCAUUGUCUGCAAGAAGCUACAGUACAGAGAGUUAUGGUGCCUCCCAAACCAGGCCAGUUUCAGCUAGGCCUACUAUGGCAGCUCUUUUGGAAAAAAUACCAUCUGACUAUAACUUGGGUAACUAUGGUGACAAGCCAUCAGAUAACAGUGAUAUAAAGACGAGGCCUACUCCUGUGAAGGGAGAGGAGAGCUGUGGUAAAAUGCCUGCAGACUGGAGACAACAGCUGCUUAGACAUAUAGAAGCUAGAAGGUUAGACAGGAAUGCUGCUUACAAACACAGCACAGUUAACCUUGGCAUGCUGCCCUAUGGAGGUAUUUCAGCAAUGCAUGCAGGCAGAAGCAUGACUUUAAACUUGCAGACUAAGUCUAAAUUUGAUCUACACGAACUACCUCUUCAGAAAACCCCGUCCCAGCAAAGCAACAUUUUAGACAAUGGACAAGAAGAUGUAUCUCCUAGUGGCCAAUGGAAUCCUUAUCCUCUUGGGAGGCGGGAUGUACCUCCGGACACCAUUACUAAAAAGGCAGGCAGCCACAUCCAGACCUUGAUGGGGUCCCAGAGCCUUCAACAUCGUAGCCGGGAGCAGCAGCCAUAUGAGGGAAACAUAAACAAAGUGACCAUCCAGCAAUUUCAGUCACCAUUGCCUAUUCAGAUCCCCUCUUCACAGGCCACCCGGGGACCUCAGCCUGGACGGUGCUUAAUUCAAACUAAAGGGCAAAGGAGUAUGGAUGGCUAUCCAGAGCAGUUUUGUGUGAGAAUAGAAAAGAAUCCUGGCCUUGGAUUUAGUAUCAGUGGUGGAAUUAGUGGACAAGGAAAUCCAUUUAAACCUUCUGACAAGGGUAUCUUUGUUACUAGGGUUCAGCCUGAUGGACCAGCAUCCAACCUGCUGCAGCCUGGUGAUAAGAUCCUUCAG